AUGCCUAAAAAUAGUAAGCAUUAAUCUAAUAACUUCAAGAAUAGCUAAAGGAAUAAUAAUAGCUCAUUUCUGAUUAUUUUCAUAAAAUUAAAGUACAUAUUUCAUCAUAAGAAGCAAUACGAAUAAUAAAAUCAAUGCAAACAAUUAAACGAUUUUAUACUUAAAAAAAGAAAGAAUAAAAAUUAACAACCUGUUUUCAAUUUAGAGUUAGUAAAGAGAAAACUCACUCUUGAUGUCUGUAGAUCUAGAGAUGAGAGUCCUUAUUCUACGAUUGAACCUCGCAUUCAUUCAAAAACAGUUUAAUAUAAAUAUUGA